ACUUGACGUUUUUGGAGGCGGGGCCUGUUCCCAAGUUUUGGAAAUGGAAAAGUUUAUUCAGCGAGUGUAACAGUGAUUAUGGGUCGUUUUGAGUGUCCAGAAACUAUGAGACUCCGUCGGUGUCGUUUAUUCUGUAAUAGUGCUGUAUGAGUGAUUUUUUGUUCUGCAGAAACAUUGCUGUACCUGCCUUUUCUCGGGAGAAAGCUGUGGAAAUGUUUUUCUCAGCACCAACAUCCAGAGACGAUGCCGCCUUUUAACUCGGCGACAGUAGCUUAGCACAGCAGGCUAACCUCAAACUAAUGUCUCAGCUACACAUCACCGUUUUUAUGUCAUCAUUUUUGCAAAUGUCAUCUUUUUUCUCUCCUGCUGGACUUGGAGUUUGUGAUAACGGCACCUCUCCGGAUGGAACGCGGUGCAGGUUUUUAACUCCUGUGUCAGAGAAACCACGGGGACAUUCCAGGAUCUACACAGUUCAUCACCCUGGGGGGAAAUCAGCAGAGAGGACAGUGCUGAAGAUGGAUGGUGCAGAGGAAACGUAUGGGACUCCCAUGUUUUCUUUGGAGCAGCUCCUCUCUUCUUCAGCUCCUGCUGGCCCAUGGGGACACUCCUUUUAUCCCUUAUUUACAUACAUGUCAAACAUCUUACACCCCAGGGACCGCAGGAGCACCCUUACCAGAUAUAACUAUGGUCACACUCUGCCUCAGGUUCAGAUUGUGGCUCCUCUGUCCUCUUUCAGAGUCAGAUUUUACAAAUGUGCACAGGUGAAGCACCACGCUGAUCCCACCCAAUUGGUAUUCUUCCUGGUGAUUUACAACAUGGGCCCAGUGGGUGGCAGCAAUCUGUCUCAGGUGGCCAUCCGCGACUCCGUCUCUGGAAUAAAACCCUUGAAAACUGAAGGCAGGGUGGUAGAAAGAGGCUACCAGAUGUUUGCUAUCGAUUCACUUUCUGCUGGAUCCCAGCUUGUCAUCAAUUAUACUGCUCAAUUACGAAGUCACAAGAGUGAAGUCCUGGACCUUCCAGCUUUUCUCACCUUUUCUAAUGCUUCACAGAAUGAUGUCAGUAUGUUUGGACCAUUAACUGCUAAUCUAACUUUGACGGUGAAUUCCACUAACAUGAUUUAUCCUAACCAUGCUGUCCAUUUUGCUGGAUUUGGUGGUGGAUUCAUUGUCACUUUAGUGUUGUUGUUGCUUGGUUUUCUGGCCAUGAGCCUGAUGGGUCCAACAACCAGGAUAACCUUUCUUCAGCAAAGGAGAAAUGGAGGAAAUUCAGAGCCAGAGGAUGCAGACUGCAACACAAGUGAGACGGUCAAAGACGAGGUAAUAUUUGAAGACAAGAUGGUGGACAUCAUGGUGCUAGAGGAUCCCCAGAACAUGGACCAGGCUUUGGACAAUCUUGAAAUGUCUACACUACUCCAUGCCACCAUUAACCUGGAGGCCACCCGAAUUCAGAUCUACAAGGACAUAAUGUCCACUAUACUGGACAGUCUGCCAUCCCGGUGCCAGGUCAGUGCCCACGCCCAGCAGAAGCUCCUCAGUGUGCUCCAUGGACAGCUGCUGGGUAUGGAGGGCAGGCUAAAGGAGCAGCGGGGGGCCCGUAUGACCGCUCUGGCCGGCCGGUGUAACCUGGAGACUCGGGAAGAAAUGGAGGCAGAGCAUUGUAGAGAAGCUGCUGAGAAGGCUGAAGCUGAGCUGUUGUGUCAACAUGCAGACCAGCAGGACAUCCUCCAAAUCAGGCUGCUCCUGGAGAAGUUGCACCGGCUGAGCCAGAGUCGGCUUCAGCGCUUCCUGUUGGCCCGACAUAAAGAAGCCUCUGCAAAGGUUCAGAGGGAGAUCAUUGAGUGGCGCCGGGUGGAGCUUCACAAGAUCUUCUCAGAGGAAGUGGAAGAGGCCACCAGGAUGGGCGAGCUGGAGAAGAGCACAGCCAAGAAUCUUCAACAUGAUUACUUUGCUUGUCAAGCACAGCUGGAAGAAGUGCUGGAUGUUGUGCUGGCCAAUCAGCGCUAUGUGCUCGCUGAACGAAAUGCACAGAGGAGGUUUCUAGUGCACAGUCUGCACAGUCUCAACAGUUUAAUUUCUGACACCUUCACCAGCACUUCCAGAAAUUUGGAUAACUUUUUCACUCACAUCAGAAGAGGGAGCAUGUUGCCUGUAGACCAGAUAGACCAUCUGCAGGAUAAGGCUCAGAAAGAGCUGGUGAUGGUGAGGCAGAGACUGGAUGAGAAACUAAGCCAAGAGAGGAGAGCCAUGCGCUGUGGUUUGAUUAAGAAGAGGAGGGAGCUCGUCUCUGACAUGCUGCGUGUCCACAAGCAGCGACAGAAGGAACUUUCUGGUCUAUGUAGGAGUCUGGAGGGCAGUGUGGAUGUAACCCAGCACCUACACUGUUGGCAGAAUUUAUUGACAGCCCUCAGCUUGGAGCUAGCUGAGCUCAUCAACAACCUGGAUGAAGAAGCUGCUGCUGACAUCCGCAAGAUGACCAUGCGUGUGAUCCAGGGUGCCAUAGCAGAAGCAAAAGCCAUCCAGCCUUCUGUAUUUCAGGCUCUGCUAACAAUCUGGCCAGCAGGAACACCAUGUUCGCUGCUGCAAGGAGAACCAGAGGCAGGACAUGGACAGGCUCAGGGACAAGGUGCAAGUGCUGUCUUUGAGGGCCAGGAGAGGUUGCACCAGGAAGGCAAGACAGCUUUACAUACCCUCAGUUGCACUAGGGAGGCUCUGCAAGAAGCCAUGGAGAGAGAGCUGCAGGAGCAAAUGGAGCUCAGGGCUCACUUCACAGCUUUCUUCAGGUUUCUGUGUUCGUCCCAGCUGACCCUUUCUGAAGACGACAGAUUAAAAAUGAAACUGGAGUUUCAGAAGUGUCUGUCUGUGAUGGACCGUUGUUUGAUGCUGCCACACGCCGUGUUUACAGUCAAACUCCACACUGCACUGGCAGCUUGGAAAAAAGAGAAUGAGAAAUGCAUGAAGAAGCCACAAUCCAAAGGGAAAUCCAGGGUAAACAGACUGAAAAUGGACACAUUUGAUUUGCACCAUUUCCAGAAAAGGCUAGAGGACGGGAUCCAGCUGUUUGAGAAGGAAAACAUGAUGGAGCGUGGGUUUACAAAGAAGGUAUUAGAGGAGAUGCAAAGGGAGCGAGUUGAUUAUCUGCAUUCGCAGGCAGAUGGGCUGGCAGUGCAGAUGGCCGCACUCCACUACCAGAAAUCUGAGAGGAGAAUCAAGGUGUUGGAGACCUCCAGGGCCAUGCUUACCCUGCAUAGUGUCCUCUUUCAUCAGCUCAGAGAGAAGAAAAACCUAGAGAGACAAGACUUGGCACAGAGCAUACAGAACUACUGCUUGGGAUUAGAGGAGGCAGACCAGCAGCUUCAGACAGACAGGAGAGACCUGGAGUAUCUGGAAGUGGCUCAGCCAGCAAACCUGCAGAAUGCUGAAGGUGAACAAAGCAGUGCAGAGGAGAGUCUUUUUCAGCCGGAACAGGAGUGCAGGAUGGUGUCCAUCCUCCAGCAGGCACUCUCCAAGUGUGCACAGGUCACCACUCUGUUCAGUGAGAGGAUGCAAGAGAUGACUGCAGCUCAAACCAUGGAAGAUUUGAAAGAACAAGUGGAGGUCAGGAGUCUUUGUGCAAAUUGUGACCAGGAACUGGAGUUUGCAUCUUGCCUGGUAAAGCAGGGUCAAGUGUCUGCUGAGGUUGUGAUGGAGGCGCUGCGGCUCCUCCUCCCAACUCUGCCUGAAAGUGAGCUCCUCUCCAUCACUGAUGCCCUCUGCUCCAAACAGGUACUGGGGUCAUCCUCUGCAGAGCAAGAGAACUCAGGGUGUCAAGGGGGCCUGAGCAGACUUCUUCCAGACAAACUGAGGGAUGACAUGGUGCAUAAAAAUGUAAAUAUACCAAGAUACACGUUUAACAGCAGCAGAUUCUGGGAAACCAGACAAAGGCUGAUGGAAAAACUGUUUCCAACUUCAUGUCUCCUGGUAACAAGAGAUGUUGAAAAGAAAAGAAAUGGCACUUCGCAGUCUACAUAUAAACCAUCCAGCACUGAAUGCUCAGUGAACCAGCAGCAGCACAGCACAACACAAGAGGUUGCAGGGACAGAACACCAAACCUUUAACAGGUCAACCCCCAUCACCUCUGGGCCAGGAAGCUCUGCGUAUGGACAAAGACUGUUUGUGUUUCGGGAUCCACCAGAAUCAUGUGUGUUUGUCCCAAAGACAAAAAAGAAGAGGAAUUUCCUCAAUCUGAAGAAAGGCUCUGUGGCUCCGACAAACCUUCCUUGAGAUGUUUGAGGGUGUUUCUGUGGCUGCUUCAUGAUGAAAUAUUUUGUGAUAAGAAACUAAACUUGUUUGUGCAUUUCACUCUGUGCCUUUGUAGCCUUCAAGUAAACACAGCUAACCAUAACUGUUUCCA